AUGGGGUACCUGACCUACGUGUGGCAGAAAUGCUUUGUAUCAUUUAUCAGGGUAGCGUUCCGACUUGCCCUCGGCGGAACGACCCCGAGACCUGAUGAAGUGCUUCAAAUCCCGCGUCGAGACAGCACGGAAGGCAAGAUCAAGGUGCAUGUCUACCGUGGCAAAGCACCAAAGCCGUGCCCGGUCUUGAUCAAUUUCCACGGCAGCGGCUGGACAGUGCCGAUGCAUGGCAGCGACGAAGAGUUCGCACGAUGUGUUGUCCAAGGGACCGAUUUCACCGUUCUGGAUGCCACGUACCGUCUCGCACCCGAGCACCCUUAUCCUGCGGCCGUGCAUGAUGCGGAAGACGUGGUCAGAUGGGUUCUUGCUCGUCCUCAGGAGUUCGACCUCUCUCGGGUGAGCAUCUCCGGCUUCAGCGCCGGCGGCACCUUGGCCUUGGUGACCAGCGGAGAAGUGUUUCCCAAGUCGACAUUUCGCCAUCUGAUUGCCAUCUACUCACCGGCCGAUUUCUCCAGGGCGCCCCAGACGAAGAAAGCGCCGGACCCAACGGGCCAGCCGCUGCCAGACUGGCUGGCCACCUUUUUCAACAAUUGCUAUCUACCUCCUGGCAUCGACCGGAAACAACCGACUGUGUCGCCAUUCUUCUCUCGAAUGGAGAAUGUCCCAGAUGAGAUCGUCAUCAUCACUUGUGCCGGCGACAACUUGUGUGGGGAGGCCGAAUCUGUCGCCCAAAGGCUCUCGGAUAUGCCUGGAAAGCAUGUUUCUCUGCGGCGGAUGGAAAAGUGUAAUCAUGCGUGGGAUAAGUCGACCAAGCCCGGGUCUGUGCAAGAACAGGCCAAACAUGCUGCUUACGACCUGGCGAUCGAGACGCUGCGUCGAUAG